UGCAGUGAAAAGAAAAGAAAGCAUCACAUCACAUUUUCUUCUUUGCGUUUAAAAUUAAACUGGUGGCCUUUCUAGUUCAAGCUUCUAUGAUAAAUAUUAUAUGUAGUUUUCAUUCCGUAAUGUUUUUCAAUUUUUAAAUGUUACCACAUACUUUUAAUAGGUUAAUUUUUUGCAAGUGUUUGUACAAACUUACACAGUAAUACAGGAAUCUGUGAUAAUAAUGUAAAGUGUUUUACCAUACUGUUAUAAUUUAUCAAACAAAAUCUUCGAAAAAGUCUGAAGAUGGCUGAAUCACAAGUUGCGAAUAUGGUGAAUGAAAUAUUGAGAGUGGAGGCAGUUGAAGAGGCGUUCAGCUGUUUUUUGGUUAAUAAACCAGAACAAGAAAAUGAACGUUUAUCAGUAUAUCAGAAAAAGCUCUGUGCCAUCAUGACUACAUUGAGUGCUGACUUGCAGGAGUCUGCUAUUCGUCAGUACCUCGUACUUACAGCGGUUUUAACUAACAGAUACAAAAUGAAACAACUGCUAAACCUUCUAGAGAAUUUGGUUAACAUGAACAUACUUCAAGCUCGUAUGCUUUGCGACUGCAUUUUAACAAGUGACAAACUUGUUUAUCAAAAUGCUGAUUACUGGAUUGAAUGUUUCAAUUUGGUUAGAAGAAUUAUUGGCGGGGUUGACUACAAAGGUGUGAGAGAAAUUAUGAAGGGUUGUAGAGAGAAAGCACAUACUCUCCCUGUAAGACUUAAUUCUAGCACUAUGCCUCAACUUAAAGCUUUGUAUAAUGUUAUUGAAUAUAUAUUUGAUAGGAAUGCAUCUCUACUGCCUGCAUAUUUUAUUGUCACAGAGAUUCAAAAAGAUUACCCUGAUAAUAAUCAUUGGCCGCAUUGGCAAUUGGCCAAACUGUUGACUAGCUUUGUUGAAAGCUUUAAACCAUGUGCUCAAAUGGUGUCCAUUAUAGGUCAUUCUCACAUGCUGCCUGUUGUUGAAUUCUCUGGCUAUGCUGAUCAUCUUGUAAACCCUUGGAGGUUAGAUCCUACCACCUUAAAAUUCUCACUAAAAGGAAACUUGCCUUAUGAUGAUGAGCUGUUGAAACCACAAAUAGCACUGCUAAGACAUGUGUUACAGCAACCAUAUUCGAGGGAUAUGAUGUGUUCAAUGUUAGGGCUCCAAAAGCAGCACAAGCAACGUUGUAUAGCCCUAGAAGAUCAGUUAGUAGAACUGAUGAUAUUACCAAUGGAGAAGAGUGAGCAAGAAAAUGAAGAUGAUGAAAUGUCAUCUACCCACUGGUGCUGGUUGCAUUUGUCUUCUCAAGUGAUUUAUUUGAUCCUGAUAGGAUUUGCAUCAUUCCCAAAUAUUGUCAUGGGCUUGCAUAAUAAGCUGAUUGGUCACGACAUGAAGAAAGGGCGUGAUCACCUUAUGUGGGUUUUGCUGCAGUUCAUAUCAGGAAGUAUUCAACGUAAUCCUUUAUCCAAUUUUUUGCCAAUCAUAAAAUUAUAUGAGCUCUUAUAUCCUGAAAAAGAUCCUUUGCCAGUACCAGAUUGCACUAAGGCACAUUGUACACAUCAAAUGGCUGUUGUCUGCAUUUGGAUGCAUUUAUUGAAAAAGGCAGAAACUGAACAUAAAACCAUGACAAUGCCACAGAAUUUAAAAGUGCAGUAUGAAUACCUGCAACAUCUUAUGACUUCAAACAAUACACCAACACUAACUGGAUCUGACUACCGCAUUGCGUUAUUGUGCAAUGCUUAUUCUACAAACCAGGAGUAUUAUACUAGACCAAUGGGUAUUAUUAUUGAGACUCUUUUUGGCAGCCAGAAAGCAUUGUCAAAUGGCAAUCCUGCCACUCCAUUGCCAACAAUGCCUUUAUCAAUGUGUAUUCUGGACAGUUUAACAUUGCAUUGCAAAAUGUCAUUGAUUCAUUCAAUUGUAACGCAUGUCGCGAAACUGGCCCAAAAUAAGACAAAUAUGCCAGGGAGCAGUAUGAUGGCUCCAGCUUUAGUGGAAACCUACAGCCGAUUACUUGUGUAUACUGAAAUUGAAUCUUUAGGCAUAAAAGGGUUUAUAAAUCAGCUGUUGCCUAAUGUAUUUAAGUCCCACGCGUGGGGUAUAUUGCACAACCUACUUGACAUGUUUUCAUAUCGAAUUCAUCAUAUCCAGCCGCACUACCGUGUGACUUUACUCUCCAACAUACAUUCUUUGGCUGCUUACCCGCAAGCAAAUCAGACACAACUGCAAUUAUGCUUUGAAAGCACAGCACUUCGUCUGAUAACUAGCCUGGGUAGCUCGGGGGUGCAACUGCAAAUGUCCCGGGUGGUUUCUGAACCCAAGUCUCUAGUAUCGUCUGAGAGCGAAGAGCUGAAUCGAGUGUUGGUCCUAACACUGGCACGUGGAAUUUACAUGACUGGAGCGGGCAGCGACGGGGCGGCCGUGAAGGAGCUGCUGACCACCAUAAUGACGAACACGCCGCACAUGUGGUCGCAGCACACGCUGCAGUGCUUCCCGGCCGUGCUUGUUGAGUUCUUUUCACAGAACCCAGCUCCCAAAGAGAACAAGCAAGUGCUCAAGAAGUCAGUGGACGAGGAGUACCGCAAGUGGACGUCGAUGGCCAACGACAACGACAUCAUCUCGCACUUCUCGGUGCCGGGCACGCCGCUCUUCCUCUGUCUGCUCUGGAAGAUGAUCUUCGAGACCAACAGAAUCAACCCUAUCGCCUUCAAGAUACUCGAGCGUAUUGGCGCGCGCGCACUUUCUGCACACCUUCGCAAGUUCUGCGACUACCUCGUGUUCGAGGUCACCAACCCGGCCGGCGGGCCGCACAUCAACAAGUGCGUGGACGCCAUCAACGACAUCAUCUGGAAGUACAACAUCGUCACCAUCGACCGGCUGGUGCUGUGCUUGGUCCUUCGCCCUAAUCCUGACGGCAACGAAAGCCAAGUGUGUCUCUAUAUCAUCCAGCUGUUGCUGCUCAAAGGAUCCGAACUGAGAAAUAGAGCCCAAGACUUCGUCAAAGAAAACUCACCUGAACACUGGAAGCAGAAUAACUGGUACGACAAACAUCUUGCAUUCCAUAGAAAGUAUCCAGAAAAGUUUGCACCAGAGGAAGCAAACAGCACCUAUGGUGGACCCAUACCUGUCUACCUAAGCAAUGUGUGCCUAAGGUUCAUCCCAGUGCUAGAUAUCGUAGUGCACCGACACCUGGAAAUCCCACAGGUCAGCAAAAACCUAGAACAACUGCUGGAACACCUUGGCUAUCUAUACAAGUUCCAUGACAGACCAGUCACGUUCCUAUACAACACCUUGCAUUACUACGAGACUAAACUUCGGGACAAGCCGAUGUUGAAGAGGAAGCUUGUCACGGCAGUGCUGGGCUCCUUGAAGGAGGUCCGGCCGGCCGGCUGGGCCACCACCGAGGCCUUCCAGACGUACCUGGGCAAGACUGACGUGGAGGCCACGGCCUGGGCGCCUGACCUUAACUAUUACUUGAGUCUGGUCAACCGAAUGGUGGACACGAUGACAGGCAAUUCUCAUUUCCCAACUACCGACUGGCGGUUUAACGAGUACCCGAAUCCGUCGGCGCACGCGCUGUACGUGACAUGUGUGGAGCUUAUGUCACUGCCUCUCGCGCCUAACUUCGUGGGAAACAGCCUCUUAGACGUCAUCACCAAAGGAUUCGUCGUGAUUCCUCCCACAAAAAUCCAGCUGUGGAUCAACGCAAUCGGCCUCAUCAUGGCCGCCCUUCCAGACCCGUACUGGACAGUCUUGCAUGAUCGUAUACUCGAGUUGACUACACAAAAUGACAUGGUCGAGUGGCCAUUCCCCCACACGCCGUUCCAAUUGUUCAAUCUGACGACGACCAACGACGCCAUGUUAGAGAACAGAUACAGUUUAACGCUAGCGCUUGCUCACGCCAUUUGGUACCAUGCGGGAGCAGGGCAAAUCAUGCAAGUUCCACAGUUCGUGAAAGAGAAGCUAUCCCCUGAGAUCCGCACGGAGGUGCAGCUAUUAUUCCUGUGCCACCUGGUGGGCCCGUUCCUGCAGCGGUUCAACUCGGACCUGUCGCGGGCUGUCAUGGACAUCACAGUGGCGCUGUAUGAACUGCUCGCGCAAAUCGACAAGGCGCAGCCGCAUCUGCAGUACAUCGACCCGAUAUGCGAUCUGCUUUAUCACAUAAAAUACAUGUUCGUCGGCGACACACUGAAGAACGAAGUCGAAAGCGUGAUCCGCAAGCUGCGGCCGGCGCUUCAGAUGCGUCUGCGCUUCAUCACGCACCUCAACGUGGAACAGAUCAACACGGCCUAGCACAGCGACUACUACAGCUACACGCCGUCCAGCUCGAGCUCCAGCUCCGAGUGACUGUGCAGCUGUAGUCUGCCCAUUACUGACACAUCACUAUCCAUUGAGACUAACGCCCGUAUUCACAAACAUUACUAUGAGGUCUCACAGUGCGCGUGGACGCACAGGAUGGCACAUGAACCAAUCACAAAGCUUUAUUCAACGCUGUGCGUUCGAUUUCCUGCUUCAAUUAAGCAAGCAUCGUUUGUGAAUACGGGUUUAAGUCACGUCUGUAGAACACCGCCCACGCUUCAGAUGCGUCUGCGCUUUAUCACGCACCUCAAAGUGAAUCAGAUCAAGAGUAUCAACACGUCACGGAACUGAAACAUAAGGCGCAUGGAGUGGGUUGGUCUUUGCUAUAUCUUGUCUAUUAGCUGGUCAGCACCGAACCAUUAUUUCGUGAAAGUAUAAAACAAUGCACGGCCAGAAUUGAUCGGCUCCACAGUUUCAAAGUCGACGCGCAAAGGACUAAGGCUAUUAUUGACAUAGGUUGUGAUCUGCCUCACAUACAAAAAACUAAUACUGUAUCUAAAACAAUGGAGAAGUUUCCAAUUUUUUUCUAGAAAAAGAACACUUUGACAUUAGAGUGUCAUUCUCGACAAUGCGUCAGGGGUGGUAAGCAUUGCAAAACUUGAACAGGUGGCGUGGCGUCACGGCACCGCCUAUGUUUGAGUUCCAUGCGAAAAUAUGUAGGUAAUUUAAAUAAUUAAUUUCUCAGCCAUUUCUUGAUGGAUUAAAAAAAUAACUUCACCGGCUUUUUAGUUUUGAUCUAUAUUUUAAGCCUAUUCAGUGAAACAUUAUGUUUUCAACAUCACGAAACUUCUCCAAAUAGAUUUUCAAUCAUAUUGUAACUACGUGACAAAAUCAAGCAAUACAGAAGUGUAUACUCAAGUAAUAGGAAUAUCGUAUAAUUAAUUUGUACUUCUACAAAUGUUACUAAAAUAUCUACUACCUGCUAUAACUGUUUAGUAUUAUCCUUCUUGGUGUUUGACCUCUGAAGAGUAUAUUUACCUAAUGUAGUAACGAUUCUGUAUUUACAUAAAGUAUUUAAUUUACUAUUUUUCACCUAAAGGUACAACAACAUAUUAAGCCAUUUUGUAUUUAGGGUUCGUACCCGAUAGCUUAAGCUUGUUAUGGUAUUUAUUAUUUAAGAAGUCGAGAAUCCCGACUAAAAAAGUAAUACAUAAAUAAGGUCUUCUUUAUUGCUCAAAAUAUUGAAGUCCAUGUUUCGUAUAAAGGAUACCCCAAAUUAUUUGAGACGUAUUUACCAAAUAAAGAAAUAAAGUCGUUUAUUCGUUUUGUGUACAACAACCAGUCGGGGUACAUUUAAACGAAUAAGGAGCAAAUAAUAAAAGCUACAAUAUGGACUAAUUAGGUACUAAAGAAACAACAAAUAAUAUAGUUAAUUUCAAAAAAGAUAGUUAACUUCAUAGUUAAUUUUAUUGUGAUUAUGCAAGACACUGUUCUCAGUAUUUCAGUACUGCGAUAAAUCUACCGGACAAUUUGAUGUUGAUUAGGCUAGCAUUCCCCUAACCUUUUGACGAUAGACAAGCUUCCAACCGAGUACCAAAUAUUAUGGUUUCUUUGAGUGGAAAGCUUGGACUUUUUAUAUUUAAGUUCUUUAUUGCAAUUAGGUAGGAGAAUGACUUUUUUCUUCUCCAUCUGCCUUGAAAUUUUUAGCUUGCCUUGAAAUAUCUUAUUUCACGUUGGUUUAAACUAGGUCGAAAAGAUUCUUAUAGCAUAGUUUUACCGACUUCGUCACAUGAAAAUGUCUGUUAAUGUUUAACCGAAACUACAUCAGGUGGAAAAAAUAUAUUUAUUGUAAUUAAAUUAAAAUAAAUAAUAAUGUAAAUAUUUUGGAAUUGAUUUUGUUAGUUCAUUAGCAAGAGUUUCAUGUGUAGUUAAGAUGCUUAAAUUAUAAGCUCAUAAGACUCAAGAUAUACAUCAGUUAUAAAGAAAAAUUUUAGGGUAAGUAGUAUUCUUACAAAUAUCAGAAAGCAAUGCAAUAAAUGUAAAUCACAAAUUUAUUAUAGCGUAUACUAAUUUAGUAAGAUGACUGGUUUAUCAUUAGGAAUGUAUCUACAUAAAUAAUAUUUUUUAUCAAAGUUCCCUUGAGGACGAAAGUUCCACAAUGCGAUGAAAGCAAUAGAAGAGCCUCUAGAAUUAUACUAUAUAUUUAAGUAAUAUAAGAUAGAAAAUAUAUAUAAUUAUAACUUGGACCUCAUAUUUUUACUAAAACUGAUGAAUAUCUAUAUCGUUGUAUGUCUUAAGUUGUACAUUUUUACACGCUUGUAAGGCUCGUCGUUUUAACAGAUCUGUAGCUCUACUAAUGUUGUAUGAUAAGAAUGUUUAAAUUAUUGUAAUAAUAAGCAAUUUCGAUAAGGUUGAGUGUAGUUGACAAGAAUUGGAAAAUAAAAAUAAUAACAUGGCAAAACUAUUUUGAAUGCAAGAAUACAAUGAAUAGUCUGAUUCUGAAUGAUAAUUUAAAACGUGAGUAAUUUGUGAAUGGUUUUGCGCACGGUUGCGCAGCCCCGUGGCUAUUUACAUAGGUAGAGUUUUUUGUACCGACACGGCACCAUAUUAUAGGAAACCGAGUCGCCGUCCAGUGGAAGCAACUGGACACAAAAAAGCGUCUACGUUUGCGUAGAGAGUGGUGGAUUUCAUGUUGAUUAUAAUAUAAAAAAAUAUAUUCACCAGUGGCUUGUAUACCACAAAAAUUGUCUAAUUUUAUAGCUUUAAUUGGCUAAGGUAAUGCUCGGCGCGGAAGUCACAAUGCGGACCGUCCAUAUAACACUGAAAUGAAUGAAAGUAUAGCAAUAGCACUAGCUAGACUACAUAUUUUUGUUGCAACAUAGCCUGUAUUUCAACGAUAUCAAGAUCUCACUGGGACAUUCGAGAUUGGGAUAGUAGAAUGCAAUAAAUGAGAUUCAAAGUGAUGGUAUUAUUAAUCGCUAAAUAGUAUUAUUGUAUCAAAACAGUAUGAUUUAAUGUUAAUUAUGUGUGUGAUAACAUUAUUAAUAAUAUGUACGUACACUCGGCGUCAAAUAAAUCGCACCUCCCGCGACAAGCACUUUUCAAACGUAUGCAUCCCCACGUCCCAUCAAUAUUGGUACCAUUUGAAAGCCUAGUUCUAAACUUGAUUUCAUUAAAGGAAAGGUUUUUACCCCAAAAAUGUGUCUUUAGAAGGAUCCAGUCUCUUCGACAGGUAGUUACGCUUGAGACAACUUUUAUGGCUAUAAAACUGCUAAAUUGGGAUUAAUCGCUAUCCAUCUGAAGAGGACACGUGAGAUCAUUAUUUGGUUUUAUAACAACAAAAACUGGUCUACUUGGUCCCAGAGGUGAGCCCCAAGUGAGGCCUUUUUUCAAGUCACAUUUAUGGUACCUCUUAAUCUAUCUAUAUCUAUACUUUAUAAUAAAUCUGUAGAAAGGUCAAUUCUGUACAUGAAAUAUAUUUUCAAAAUAACUAUCAGGGGGUGAUUAGUGAUCGAUACUGAUGCCAAAAAUGCAAUCAGUAAAAUUUUUGUCUGUCUGUCUGUCUGUCUGUCUGUCCGUCUGUAUGUUCCUUAUAGAAACAAAAACUAUUCGACGGAUUUUAACGAAACUUGGUACAAUUAUUCUUCAUACUCCUGGGCAGGUUAUAGUAUACUUAGGAAUUCCCACGGGAACAGGAAUUAGCGGGAAAAUCCUUUUGUAUAAAAAAUCUAAACCGCUUAAGUUGGACGCUUGAAAUUUGGCAUGCAGGUACCUUAGUAAACUUAAAGCUUAGUUACAACAGGAUAUUGCAAAAUUCCCACGGGAACGGGAGUUAGCGGGAAAAAACAUUUGUAUGAAAAAAUCUAAACCGCGUAAGAUAGAUGCAGGGGGUAAAACGGGAUCCACGCGUACGAAGUCGCGGGCGGCCGCUAGUCUAUAAUAUAAAAAUGAAUCGCAAAAUGUGUUGGUAAGCGCAUAACUCAACAAAGCCUGGUCCAAUUUUACCAAUUCUUUUUUUAAUGUUCGUUGAAGUCCAAGGAUGAUUUUUACGGCAAGAAAAAUUCGAAUAUUUCCGGGUAAACCCCGGGCAAAGACGCGGGCGGAAUGCUAAAAUUCGAAUAAUUACCGGGAAAAUCCUAAAAACAGCCCUUUUCUUUUUUCCAUACAAACGUUUUCACGCGGGUGAAGCCGCGGGCAAGAGCUAGUUGUUUAUAAAAAAAAAGUGUGUUUUUCUUUAAGUUUAUUUAUUGGGCUUUUUAUUUAACACCAAUAUUGUUGGGGCACCAUGAUUACCUAUGUCGGAAGAAAAUCUUUAAAGUUCACGUCGCGGAAGGUGCGAUUUAUUUGAUGUUGAGUGUAUUUAUUGUUAUUUUUCAUGUUUGUUAAUUAGUAAAUUACCUUUAAUUAUAUCCCCCGUUUUUUUUCUUAGCAAUAUAACAACUUGUUGAAUAUUUACGAUUAUUAUGAAUUCGAGCUGCGCAUUGCCUUAGUUAGAUCAAUUGAUUUUGUGACAUAUUUUGGGUUUUACUUAGGACCAGAGUAUUUGUCUAAAAUAUUGUAAUAUUAUAAAGGAUUUGCCACACUGGAUGCGGUCUGUGGUCAGGUCAAAGCAAUCAUACAUGAUGCGGGCUGCAGUUACUUUGACCUAACCGCAAACCGCAUCUAGUGUGACAAAUCCUUUACGCUACUUUGCAUUUAGUUGUUUGUACUCUAGAUGCAAUACAAAUAAAAAAUAAGAAGUGAUAUUCUAAGGAAAUAUAAAUUGGAUUGUUGACACCAUUUACCAAAUAAGUUUAAGGCAGAAUGUAAAAAAACACUUAAUUGUAGCCCUGGGCUUAAGAACAAGUCAAUUUAUUACUUGUCUUUUGUCAUCAUCGCGUCUUCACAUUAAAUGCAUCACAAUACACAAUGUUAGCUACAUUUAAAAAUAAGGGUGUCAUUUUACUUGAUAGAAAUCUUUGAAUAAUUUUACUUAUGUAAGGGACAGCUCCGUAAUAAUGUUAACUAUCCUAUAUUUUUAAACUAGCGGCCGCCCGCGACAUCGUACGCGUGGACCUCGUUUUACCCCUUCGUAAAAUCUGUUGUUUGAUAUCAUGUUGAUAGAUGGCGUUUCACGGCUUCCCCCGCAGAAUAUUUGCGAACGUCAAAAACAGUAGUUUGCCCAGCGCUGUAGAUUUUAACCAAUGACGAUAGAUGGCGCUUUUUAGACACGUCUUAUUUUUUUUAUUGAAAUUUAUUUGUCACAUAUCGUCAUAAAUUAUAGCCUAUAUGUUAAUCUGGGUUAUGAACAAUAAUACUGUAAAAUUUCAACAAAACCGUUCUGUAGUUUUUGCGUGAAAGAGUAACAAACAUUCAGACAUCAUGACAUCCAGACAUCCAAACUUUCGCAUUUAUAAUAUUAAUAGAAUAGUAGAAUUAAUAGUAUAGGAUAGUAGGAUUAAUUUUUAAUUUUGUAAAAUCCUAAAUCUUGCCGUUUUCGAGUAAUUUCAAAUUACUCGAAACGGUAAGAUUUAGGAUAAGGUGUUUCAUAAUCAAAUCAGUCAGAAACGAUGUAAACUACACGCCCUUAACGGGAAUAGGUGGACUUAACCUGUAACCCUGUAUGUAUAAUUGUAUAAUUAUUUUUAUGGAAUUCAGGAUAAUGUUUUUUAAUAGUUUUGCCAAGCUGUCCUUUACAUUAUGUACGUAAUUUAUUGCUCAUCACGUUAAAGAAUUAAUUAAGUAAAUAUUUGUAUAAUAAUUUGGAUUUUUCGCAGAGUGUUCUUUAAUAUUUUAGAACUUUAUAUUCUUAGUUAUAAGAAUAAUAUUUCAGACUGGCAAGAAUCAUAUUAUACUAUGGUUAUUUACAUGUUUUACUUAUACAUUAUAGCUCUACUUAACUAAUUAAUUAUAUAGAAUACAAUAGACUUAUUUCGCGACAACGACUCGAAACUUAGUUAAUUACAGAUAACAAGACGACAAUGCGCGGAACUCGAAGCAGGCAGUGUAAAUUAUUUCCAUUCAAAUUUUCAUCACGAAUGCUAUUACUAUGCGUUCUAGGGAAAAUAAUAAAAGCUAGUAGGUACUUUAGUUCAGCAGGGCUACUUUAUGUUUUAGGAUUUACCAUUCCUCUCACUCAUCGACACUGGCAUCAUGAGUGACUGUGAAAAGUAGACCCGAAAAAGCAGAAACUGUGUUAAGCUCUGCUCUUUAUGUGACUCUUAGACAGUGGCAAAUAUUGUGUCAUACAUAAUUUUUUUUUGGGAUGGACUUUCCCGCUGAAGCGCGCAGGGCGCCACGCAGUGAUUCUGCCAAUGUCAAGUAGUUAGAGCAGUGGUUCUUAACCGGUGGUCCGCGGACCACUGGUGGUCCCUGGAGGCAUUCCAAGUGGUCCACGAAGUGCACACCUUGGUCAAAACCACUUAACUGAUUUUUGCAGUCAAACUGGUUUACUUUUGACCGAUUAUGAUUAUGAGGUGGUCCCUGACAAGACAGAAAUUUGGUAAAAUGGUCCCUCAUGACUUAAAGGUUAAGAACCACUGAGUUAGAGAGAUACAUGUGACUUUUGAAUAUUGGCCGGUAUUUAUUAUGUGGGUAUCUCGAGAACAUAAUAAAAUUGUUCAGAGUCUUCAACAUAAAAUUCGCUACCUAAAACAAAACAACACAUUGCAAACGUAGGUACAUCACAAACAAAGUUAUUGGGAAAGGGGAAGUUAAAAUUUAAUGUUAUACCUACAUAAAUUAUUUUAUAGAGUUUCGAUAUAAAGUGUCAAAACGUGCCUGUGCGUCAUCACAGAAAAGGUAAAUUAAGUGCAUAUUUAUCUCUUAAAAGUUCAUAGCUUGCUUUGACUUCCGCUACAAGCGUUUGUUUUGCAUGAAAGUGACCUCAGGCAGGAAUACUACAUUUACAAUGAUAAUCAUGCAUCAUACUAUGACAUCACCAGAGGUGUCAAAUCUACAGUCAAACCACUUCCAGUGUUCAUUUUGCGAAAGUCAAUCAAAUAUAUGUCAUUCGUAAUAACUCCUACUCUUAUUAAUAAUUCCAUACAUCCCUAUUAUUACUAAUAAUAAACUUCUAUUGGCCACUGGAAUCUUGGGGAAUUUGACACCUAUGGAGCUAUUUUGGAAAAUGAAUGGCAACCGUUCUCUACGCUUGUACUCGUAAUAAACGUAGUCCUAGAUUAUGUUACGAUCAUUGAUUUGGGCAUUUUAGCCCCAAUUUGAAUGUUUAUACAGGGUGACUGGAAUUUAGUGGCGGAGCCGUUAAGGGGAGGUAGUCUAGGGUUGUUCUGGCAGAUAUCACUAUGAGACCUACCGUCCUUAUUUAUGUUUUUGUUUAGCAGUUUUUGCAUAAAACAAUGACAUCUACGAAGAUUUAACAAUUGAUAUUUACUUAGAAUAAUAUCUUUGUUGCAAAACAAAACAAGGUAGGUCAAAAUCACAUUUUUUUAGGAUUUAUUACUUUUUUGAAAAUUUGAAAUUUUUUUAUACGAUUUUUUGGUUACACUCUUUAAGUAGGAAUUUCUUGUAAAGGAUUAGAAAUGGUGAGUCUCAUACUGAUAUCUGUCAGAAUAACCCUAGACUAGGUAGUCUAGGGUUUCAUUCCCUUAACGGAUGCUCCACAAAUUUCUAGUCACCCUGUAUACAAGAAUAAAUAUUGUCUUCUUCGAAAUAAAUAUACAGGGUGUUUGGCGGGAGGUUAGACAAACUUCGUGAGUGUAUAGGUAAGGUCAUUUUAAGAAUACCUAGUUCGCCCAUAAGUGAGCUACUUUUUUUUUAGGGUUAAAUGGGCGAACUUGUAUUCUUAAAAUGAUCUUACAAGUUACACCCACGAAGUUUGUCUAACCUUCCAAGAAACACCCUGUAUAUACCUGUAUACUUCCGGAUACGAAACUAUGCAACUGAAGUGAGAAUAUAUUUUUAAACAAAUUUAUUUUGUAUCAUAAUUAUAAUUAAUUAUGUAAGUAUUGUAAUACAUAAUAAUAAAACCUAUUUUCUCUCAA